AUGGAAAAACAUAACAAUGUCACUGAAUUUAUACUCUUGGGACUUUUGAUGAACAAAGAAAUGAGAACAAUAUGUUUUGUCAUUUUCAUGGCCUGUUAUUUAUCAAUCUUCCUGGGGAACUUCAUCAUCUUUGUCACCAUCAUGUACAGCCAUCUGAUGCAGGAACCCAUGUACUACUUUCUUUGGCACUUGUCUUUCAUGGAUCCAUGCUUCACUUCCACCAUAAUUCCUAGGUUGAUUAAUGACUUAAUUGCUGAGACAAAGACUAUCUCCUAUAAUUGCUGCAUGACUCAGCUUUUUACUUCUCACUUACUAGGAGGUGUUGAAAUGUUCAUCUUGGUGUCCAUGGCCUUUGAUCGCUAUGUCGCCAUCUGUAAACCCUUACACUAUCUGACGAUUAUCAACAGGCAGAGAUGUAACAUGCUGAUACUACUUGCUUGGUUGGUGGCAUUUUGGCACUCCGUUGCCCAGUUAUUCAUGAUCCUGAGGCUACCUUUCUGUGGUCCUAAUCAAAUAGAUCACUAUAUGUGUGACUCAAAACCUCUCUUAAAGCUUGCCUGUACAGACACACACAUUGCUAGCAUUUUAGUUAUUGCUAACACUGGAAUGGUAGUCUUGGCAACCUUUUUGGUCUUGGUGGCAUCUUACAUUGUCAUAUUAUAUAACCUUAGGAAACACUCAUCUGAAGGUCGGCAUAAAGCCCUUUCCACCUUUGCUUCCCAUGUCAUGGUCGUUGUCCUGUUCUUUAUACCUUGUAUCUCUACUUACAUUCCACCUCCCCGAUCCCUAAAUAAUGACAAAGAGUUUUCAGUGUUUUACACUGUGAUUGCCCCUAUGCUGAACCCUCUCAUCUAUACACUGAGAAAUGUAGAAAUGAAAAAUGCCAUAAGAAAGGUGUGGUCCAGAAAAUUAGGUUUGUUAUUCAAAUAA